AACACUUUAAACCCUAAAACCAAUAGAGAUAGAUAGAUACCUUUCUACGGUCGUCGGUUUGAAGGAGAAGUAGCUGCCAACAUGGACAUGCAGAGUGAUUUUGACCGCCUCAUCUUCUUCGAACAAGCUCGUAAGACCUCCGAACUUGCUUACGCCAUGAAUCCCCUCGAUGCAGAGAAUCUAACGAGGUGGGGAGGCGCGCUGCUUGAGCUAUCCCAAUUUCAGAAUGUUACCGACGCAAUUAAAAUUAUUGAGGAAGCUGUCUCUAAGCUGGAAGAGGCGUUGGUGGUUGACCCGACCAAGCAUGAUGCUCUCUGGUGCCUAGGGAAUGCUCACACUUCCAAUGCUUUUCUAACCCCUGAUCAAGACAAGGCAAAGGAACAUUUUGACAAGGCAGCCAUCUGUUUUCAGCAGGCUGUUGAUCUGGAGCCGGGGAAUGAACUUUAUCGCAAGUCCUUUGAAGUUUCUGCUAAGGCCCCUGAGUUGCAUAAGGAGCUUCAUAAGCAUGGUCUUAAUCAGCAGGCUGCUCCAACUGGACCAUCCACGUCUUCAACAACUAAGACAACAACAACGUCUAAGAAGAACAAUGAUCUGAAAUACGACAUCUUUGGAUGGAUAAUCCUUGCUGUUGGGAUUGUUGCAUGGGUUGGAUUUGCAAAAUCCAAUGUUCCUCCACAGCCGCGAUAAGUUGGACAUUUUGGCAAUAAUAUAUGAAUCUAGUAGUGGUAUCCAUUUGGGGGAUCUCUUUUUUCAUAAGAUGACCAAUAAUAUAUCAUUAAUUGCAAGAUUAGGUCAAGUUGUUUGAUACUGGUAUUAUGUUGUUUUUGUUCACUAGCUUGGUUCUUCCAUUUGAUUGAUUGAAGAACCUAAAAGAGACAGAUGUAUGAGUUCUUCCAAAAGAAGAGGUGGACAUAAUUAUCAUGAGAAAACCAUAAAUACCGUGCCUCUACUUUUUUUCAUUUAUUU